AUGUCUGUUUGCCUCAAAAUUCCGAUGGAAGCUUUCAGUUUGAGUGUUGGAAACUGGAUAAUGGGAAAAUCCCGUCGCUCGUAUCAGGCAAUCCUUCAACUCACCAAGGAAAUCAAGCAAGCGGCUCAGGGAAACGAUCCAACACAAGGCACCAAUCAUUAUUACAAUCCAAGACAAGACAUUGAGACAUGGAUUUCCGAAUGGAAAAGAAACUGUGAUCAUUGGACGUCAUUGGACAUUGUCAUUGUCAUUGGACGGCAUACUUUCUUCAGAACUAAAGCCGAGUUUUGUGGUGGAUUCAAGAAUGACUAUUGGUGGCGUCAGUUGAAA